AUGGCUCCAUCAGCAGUUCAGCAAACCCCUCCCGAUACUGUCAUCACCGAAGCUUAUACCCAACCCAUCAAAAAAUGCAUGUGUCUAAAGUUCGAUACGGAUAGACCUCUCAAUGAGUUCGAAAACCUAGUCGAGGAUAUCAAGCGGGUUCUUGGCCCGUCCUCCGGUAUCAACAGCGCCGAUGUCGAUGUUAAAGAUUUGAUCAGGGUCAUGGAGCGAUACACCUCCGAUGAAUCCCAUUGGGGAGGGUUCGCGCUAGAAGAUUUGAGCAGGAACUACACACGAAACUUUGUUGACCACGGGAAUGGAAAGGCCAAUUUAUUGAUUCUUGUGUGGACUCCCGGGAAGGGCAGUCCUGUGCAUGAUCACGCAGAUGCGCAUUGUAUCAUGAAGAUACUUAAGGGAAAGCUCCAAGAAACACUAUACGAAAUUCCUUCGGAAGUUGCUGUAGAUCAGCCUUUAAAGGUCGAGAAGGUUACUGUCUAUGGUACUGACGAGGUUACCUAUAUCUCGGACGAUAUUGGCCUUCAUCGUGUUGAAAACCCAGACCCAGAAAACAUCGCCGUAUCACUACACCUUUACACCCCUCCAUGGGCUGAAAAACGUGGUUGUUACUGUUUCUGCCCUAAAACAGGAAAGAAGAACAAAGUUCAAAUGAGCAACUACUACUCAGUUCAGGGGAAAAUUGAAAAGAUCAAGGGCGCGAGCUGUUGA